AUGUCUCAAGUCCGCGCUUCUCACAUUCUUAUCAAGCACCAAGGCUCUCGCCGUCCAGCAUCUUGGAAGGAUCCCAAUGGAGAGACAAUAGGGCGAACGACGAAGGACGCGGCGAUUCAGCAGCUGCUGGUGAUUAGAGAACGCAUCGCCAGUGGCGAGCUGGACUUCGGCCAGGUCGCGAAGACUGAAUCGCAUUGCAGCUCCGCCAGAAACAAUGGAGAUCUGGCCCCUUUUGUAUCCCCUCCACCCUCUCCUCCCUCCCUCCUCUCCUUCCUCUCCCUGCCUCCUGCAGUGUCUCCUCCACCCUCCCCUCCCUCCCUCCUCUCCUUUCUCGACCCUGCUGUGUGCAGCUUCCUCUCCCUGCCCCCUGCUGUGUCCCCUCCACCCUCUCCUCCCUCCCUUCUCUCUUUCCUAGAGCCAGCAGAGCGCAGUUUCCUCUCACCUCGUUCCUCCUCGCUCUCCUUCCCCUCUCGUCCUUCACGCCUCUCCUUCCGAGACCCGGCUGUACGCAAUUCCCUCCCCACCUCUCCCGCUAUCCCCUUUUCCCUCUCGCUCCGCUCCCUCCUCUCUGUCCGUGAUCCUGCACUGUGCAGCUUCCGCUCUCCCUUUGCUCCAUUCUCCUUAACCCCUCCUUUUGCAAUCUGCCCUCUUGCUUUCACAUCCACCUGCCUUGGCUGCACUGCCUCCCCUGUCCUGCUUGCCCCUGUCUUUGCGCCGCGACCUGCUGCUGUUGCUGCUGCUGCUCCUGGAGCUGCUUCUCCUGUGUCCCCUGCUCCCCCUCCUUUCCCUGCCUCCUCUGCCACUCUCCCGUUCGCUGCUGCUGACACUCCUCCUCCUCCCGCUCCUCCUCUCCCUCCUCUCCCUAUCCAUCUCGCUGUGGCCAUCACUAUCCGUCUGCCUCUGAAGGUCCUUCACUCGCUCCUCUCCCCGCCUCCUCCCCUUCCCACUCCCCUCCCUCCUCCCACCAGCAUCUUCCACCAAUUCCUUCAUCUGCUUCUCUCCAGCCCUUUUCUUCUCCAUUACUUCGCCUCCACCUCCUCUUCCUGCUCCUGCUCUCCCCCCUCUCUCUACCCCAUCCUCCCCUUCAUUGUCGCAAACUCCUCCAUGCCUUCCCCCCCCACGCGCAUGCUCCGCUCCACAAAGCUGCCAAAGCGCCGGUCGAUGCCAAACAUGGACCUAGCACCCAUUGGCCCUCGUGUGGGCCCGGGAGAGUGGGCAGGGCUGCCGAGGGAGCGAGUGGGGCUGUUGAAGGAGCGCGUGGGACUGGCGAAGAAGGGGUGCAGGGCGGACGUGGAUGCUGAUAGAGGGAAGGCUAGUCCCCUGGGGCUGCGGGGAGGCAUGCCCCCGCCCGCUGCCGCUCCUCCUGCCGCUCCUCCUGCUGCCCCUCCUGCUGCUCCUCCUGCUCCUGCUGCUGCCAUGCCUGUGCCGUGCCGGGGGUUGGCAAGAGGAACGCCUCUAGGGCUCACAGGCACCACGCUCGACUGCCGCUGCUGCUGCUGUGGCCCUCCUGAAUGCGGCCCUCCUGAAUGCGGCCCUGUUACCCCUGCGUGCGACCCGUAUCCUCCUGCGUGA